GGCACCAUUGCAGCUGCAUGAGUUGUUUUUGUUUACUAACUCGACAAUCUCCAUCAGCUCCGAUCCAUUCCAUUGAAAGGAAAAAAUCAAUGAAACAGGAACAAGCGGCAAGAAGGGUGCUUAAAACAGAAUGGCUGCUUCUUCUCCCGUUGUUUCUUCAAUUGUCCUUUGUCUUUGCUAACCACGAAGGUGAUGUUUUGCAUACACUGAAGGAGAAACUUGAAGAUCCAAACAAUGUUCUACAGAGCUGGGAUCCAACCCUCGUUAAUCCCUGCACUUGGUUCCACAUUACCUGCAACAGCAAUAAUGAAGUUACAAGAAUUGAUCUUGGUAAUUCCAGCCUCUCGGGUGAACUGAUUUCUACGGGUCUAGGAGGUCUUUCAAGUUUGCAGUACUUGGAGCUCUAUAGUAACAGUAUAUAUGGCUCGAUUCCAUCAGACCUCGGCAAACUAACAAAUUUGAUCAGUUUGGAUCUCUAUUACAACCAAUUGAGCGGUACCAUCCCUGGCAAUUGGGGAAAUUUAACAAAUCUAAGAUUCUUGGAUUUCUCCGACAACUCUUUAAGUGGAACAAUUACGCUCAAUCAUGGUGUAUUGCAAAAGUUAACAUGUAUCAGUUUUAUGAAUAAUCAAGGUUUGGAGUGCAGCGCCUGAAUUCCAUGGUCUUAUAUAGUUAUCGGAUCAAUGGUUUGUUUAUUGCUUUAGUUCCGGCGGCGUGACUCAUCAUGAUGCAAGACUGGCAAAGUGGCAAGACGGCUUACUUAUACGAUACUAUCUCCCUUCUUUAAUUCUUACUACAGUUUGACUUUCAUGUUUGUCAACACAUAACUUUGACCGCAAUUAUAUUUAAUUAUGUAUCAGUAAACAACAUAAAAGGUCG